AUGUGUAGCCGUUCCCGCAUGUGGCGGCACAUGAUUGCUCCGGAGUGCGCUGUGGUGAAGGCGGGUCUUCGGCACCUUUUUUUGCUGCUGUUUUUCAGGUCCCCGAAUCUGUGGACUAUUCUCGUCCGCUAUUGCACGUGGGUUCCAUGGAUUAGUACCAAGUGUUGA